AGUCAAGUUGAUCAGCUAAGUAUAGAUAAUGAAUAUAAUAUGUAGACGUGCGUAAAACAAGGGUUUCUACAUCGGUAACGCUGAGCGUUGACCAUGGCGCAAACACCUUCAAGGACAAGACCCCCUCAACAUAUGACAAGGAAUGUCUACGACCAGCUCUUUCAUCACGGGUCGAGUCUCUCCAAGCUGAGAGAUGCGAUUGCAGCAGGCCGCCUUUCUCCAGUCUUCAGAUGGCGGUAUCGGAGUACCGGGGAGAAGUAUAGCAUGGAAGUUGUUCCUCUUGAGAAAUGUGCCACUGGAAUCUCCGCCUCAUGAAAUACCAGUACCACCGCUGGAAGCUUUACGCGCCCACCGAAAGCAGUACUCCGAGCUGCUGCUGGAGAAGAUGCGUGCUCCGGAUGGAUCUUAUGAUGAGACUUUUGUCGUGCCAGGCCUUACCAUUCCGAGGAGGAACGUCAAGCCGCCGACGGACUUGGAGAUGAACAAUCCUCUUAGUUUACAUGAUGAGAACCCUUGGAGGGAAUGGUUUGCAGCUGUAGACCUCCGGAAGACUAUCCAGCAAGAUGUUGAGCGGACUUUCCCUGAUAUAGGCUACUUUCGCAACGAUGAUGUGCAGCAGCAACUCACCAAUAUCCUGUUCCUAUACGCUGUCAUGCAUCCCGAUCUUCAAUACCGACAAGGCAUGCAUGAGCUACUUGCACCCGUCUAUUAUGUCGUAGAUUAUGACUCCACUGCCGACGACGCUACAUCAUCGUCGGACGAAUCUGCCUUUCGGGAGGUCUGUUCGCGGACAUGGAUUGCAGCUGAUUCAUGGGCACUUUUUUGCGCGAUCAUGGACGACAUCUCCAAGUGGUACGAGUGGCGCGAGCCAUCACCUGUUGAAACAUCCUCUGCCCGUGGUCAAGUCAAUUUUAAGCCAUACAUGUCACCUAUCACACUGGCCUGCAACAACAUUCAAAAUAAUCUUCUAAAAUCCGUCGAUCCUAUUCUUCAUGGCGUUUUGCAGAACUCGGGUAUCGAGCCGCAGAUCUAUGGCCUACGAUGGCUUCGCCUGUUGUUCACUCGUGAACUUUCUAUGGACGAUGCGAUGAUCUUAUGGGACGGUUUGUUCGCGAACCCAAUCCCAAUUUCUGAGCUUGCUCAGUGGAUAUGCGUGGCUAUGCUUAUACGAAUCCGAACCAAACUGAUCGCGUCGGACUAUAGCAUGCAACUAACAAACCUAUUGCGAUAUCCUCCCUCUCAGGCGGAAGAUGGAGCCCCGCAUCAUGCAAUCCUAUUACUUCAUCAAGCAUCGUCGCUAGAAAUCUCUCGGACACCCUCCGCGGGCGCAAUUGUGAUGACUGAAAACCGCAACCUUCUCAAUAUUCCCUUAGAAGUACCUGAUCCGCCUGUCCAAACGAGGCGGAGGGCACGUCCUCAGAUCUCCUCAUCAGAUUCCCAUGGAACUUCCGCUGGCCAAGGGGAGAAUAUUCGUCAACCGCCCUCGUUCCAGAUAGGGCUGCCAGAAUUGAUUGCUCGGGGGCUCAUGGAUCGCGGGGAGAGCCUUGGGAUUAACAAGACUGUAAUGAAUGCGGUAUCCGAACUAAGGCGCAACCUCCCCGAAUUGGCCGCAUCUCUGGUUCGCACGCCAUCUACAGUAUCGGCACCGUAUGCAGCAUAUCCCUUGCUCGACGAACAUAUGACAGAUGAUAGGCACAUUUCGGAGAACGAAAGCCAUAUGGAAACGGAACGAGAACUGAGAGCGCAGAAUAAACGCCUUGGUGAAUCGAUCACUUGGAUACUGGGCAUUUUGCAGUCCAAGGAACCAUCGGAAGCCAAGGAUGAGGAUGCUGCAAGAGCUUCGGUGCAACAAAAGGAAGCUCUCGAGUCACUAGCUUAUGUGAGGGACAUCUUAGGUGGGGAGGUGAAGGAGAUCGAUGAUCGUCGUCUGUGGGGGGCGGAAGAAUACAAUAAGCGUUUGGAAGGUCAGAGCAAGCAGGAGUCUAGGGCAGUGUCUGUCUCCCGACCAAGACAACUUUCAACCACGACCCCUACAAAUGAGCACCCACUACCACCAUUGCAGCGGGAAGUCCGAACUUUUUCUCCCAACACGUUCGGGACUCCUGUGUCAUUUCGGCCAACGACAUCACAUUCUUCUUCGAUGGCCUCAAAGGCAAUUCCUAUGGCAUCGUCGACUCAUAAUCGCUUUCAGUCGUCGACUGGGGCAUUCCCCGUCAAGCCGAUUACGAUGCAGCGGACACCCCUUCGCAUAUCAUCUAAUAAUCCCUUCCAACGCACAUCUGAUGUAGGUGGGAUGCCGCCUGCUGUUGCCACGGCCGUCAAAAGCGAUCAAAGUCCGAAGAUCCGAAGUGAAGUGCAGCAGCACGAUCCGCUGGGAGUUCUCAAGUAGAUUGUUUGCCUGUAGCGGUUACAAG